AUGCGGAGCGCGCCGAGCCAGUGCGCGGUAACCCGCGCCCUGGUCCUAGCCGGUCUCUGGCUGGCAGCAGCCGGGCGCCCCCUAGCCUUCUCGGACGCGGGGCCUCACGUGCACUACGGCUGGGGUGAGCCCAUCCGCCUGCGGCACCUGUACACCGCCGGCCCCCACGGCCUCUCCAGCUGCUUCCUGCGCAUCCGAGCCGACGGGGGGGUUGACUGCGCGCGGAGCCAGAGCGCGCACAGUUUGGUGGAGAUCAGGGCAGUCGCUCUGCGGACCGUGGCCAUCAAGGGCGUGCACAGCGUCCGGUACCUCUGCAUGGGCGCCGACGGCAGGAUGCAAGGGCUGCUUCAGUACUCUGCUGGGGACUGUGCCUUCCAAGAGGAGAUCCGCCCCGACGGCUACAACGUGUACUGGUCCGAGAAGCACCAUCUCCCCGUCUCUUUGAGUAGUGCCAUACAGAGGCAGCUGUACAAGGGCAGAGGGUUUUUGCCCCUGUCCCAUUUCUUGCCCAUGCUGCCCGGCAGCCCAGCAGAGCCCAGGGACCUCCAGGACCACGUGGAGUCGGAGAGGUUUUCUUCACCCCUGGAAACAGACAGCAUGGACCCUUUUGGGAUUGCCACCAAAAUGGGGCUAGUGAAGAGUCCCAGCUUCCAAAAGUAA